AUGUUAAGAUAUAGUAGACUUUAUAAGAAGUCUAAUCCAUUAUGCACUCUCGUGCGAACACAAAGGAGCCUCUCCAGUGUCACAAAGCUAUUAAAGCCCGCAACCUCGAUGUCAUCCACGGCUUUGGGAAGCUCUUCUAGGGGCGGUGACAUGGUUUUCCCAAGGCCACCCCAAGUUCUGCUUUCUACAAAGUUUGAGCCUUUUGAUCGUUCCUACGCAGUCAAUAACGCAUCUGAAUCGAAGGAUUUAAUGAAUCUGUGGUCUCUACUAGAAGCAUGUCUGCAUUCACGCUACAUUGAUCGAGCAUUUUCCAUAUUGAAAUCACUCUAUAGCGUGAAAUCACACAGAUCUUAUUUUAUUGAUGACUAUAACAAAUUCCUGAUGGUAUACGCGGACACGCAGCGCGAUAUGAAGGAACUAGAUAAGAAACUAUUCGAAGAUCUGCAGAUAACUUUCCCCGCAUGUGAAUAUAAUGAUAAAACCCUUGCCAUACUCAUCCAUUAUGCAUUAAAAUACCUGGAUGAUACACAUUCAAUCACUAAGCAUUGUCAGACUUACUUCAAAAUGAACACCAACGGUGUCAGAAGCAUACUAAGUAACGUUGAGGUUCUUACAAUUCAAGACUACAAGCGUCUUGUAAAUGACUUCGAGCUGGUUGAUCUGCAAGAGCUCCCUGCUGAAAUAAAACCGUUAGUCCAUACUCCAAAGUCUCUAUCGGAUUCUUUAGAGUCCGUGUCGACAAGCGAAGAACAACCUAGCUCGCCUGCAAUGCAAAAGCCAUCUACCGAAAUCAGCCUAGAUUCCGAUAUUAAUCCGUUACCUAAGGACGUCGGUGAAUUGUUAGCGGUUGAUACUAUUGGUAUGAAGGUGGUUAGACAUACUCUACUUGGUUUGUCUCUCACCGAGCAACAAAAGGAACAAAUUAGGUCUUUCAACUUCGAUACGACUGCUAAUCUUUUGAAUUUUGACAAAGAUAAGGAGAAUAUCGAUUUCUUUGCUAUUUACAAAACUCUCAAGACUGAAGAGGAAAAGGAGCGGUUUGCCAAAGCGUUGGACGAGUUUAAUCAAGAGAGACAACACCAAUUGGAAAAUAGAGCAACGGAUGCCGCGAAGGAACGUUGGAAGCACGAUUUUGAAGAAGCAAAGGCCAGAGGUGAUCUCUCCAUUCAAAAAAAAUUGAAUGUUAAGCUUUGGGAAUGGUACAAUCAAAUGCUCCCACUCGUUAAAGAGGAAGUUAGUCGCUGUUCUCAAGUAAUGGAAAAUACGUCGGAAACCGAUGACUUGAACGCUCAGGAACGUAGGCAGAACAAAGCUAGAAUGGAUUACGGUCCUUAUUUGACUUUGGUCAACCCUGAAAAGAUGUGUGUCAUUACAAUUUUAGAAUUGCUCAAAUUGAACUCUACUGGUGGUAUUAUUGAAGGAAUGAGAACAGCUAGAGCGGUUAUUUCCGUCGGCAAAGCUAUUGAGAUGGAAUUCAGAGCAGAGCAGUUACUGAAGAGUGAGUCACGCGUCUUUAAAGACAUCAAUAAGAAAUCACACGAGUUCAAAAUGCUCGUUCAGAAUGCAAGGGCCACCUUCAGAUCGAUGAAAAUAGAAUCGUCGAAAAUUUUAUGGCCUCAAGAGGCGCGUGCAAAGAUUGGUUCUAUCUUGAUCUCCAUGUUGAUACAUGUUGCAAAAGUCCGAGUGGAGGGAGUAGACCCUGUGACAAAUGAAAAGAUUCACGGCGAAGCGCCCGCGUUUUCGCAUGGCUAUCAAUAUCAUAAUGGCUCAAAACUUGGAGUUCUGAAGAUCCAUAGAACUUUGGUUCAUCAGUUGAACGGUGAACGGUUAGUUGCUGCAGUUCAGCCACAGCUUUUGCCAAUGCUUGUGAAACCUAGGCCUUGGAAAAGUUGGAAUUCAGGAGGUUAUUACUAUACCCAAUCAUCAUUAAUCCGGUCAAAAGAUUCUCCGGAACAAGUUGCCUAUUUGAAGGCCGUUUCCGAUACGGGUGUUAUCGAUAAAGUUUAUCAGGGUUUAAAUGUUUUGGGUGAAACUGCUUGGACUAUCAACAGAAGAGUUUUCGAUGUAAUGUCAGACGUUUGGAAUAGCGGCAAGCCAUUUUUGGAAAUUCCUGGAAUUCAAGACAAAUUAGUUUUAACACCUCAACCUCCUCGGGAAUCCGAUCCUUCGGUACAUAGAGAGUGGAAAUUGAAGAACAAGGAACUUGCAAAUGCGUUUUCAAGUAAUAGGUCAGCUAGAUGUGAUGCAAACUACAAGUUAGAGAUUGCGAGGGCUUUCCUGGGUGAAAAAUUUUAUUUUCCUCACAAUCUCGAUUUUAGAGGUCGCGCUUAUCCUCUCUCUCCACAUUUUAAUCAUUUAGGAAACGACAUGAGCAGAGGCCUUUUAAUUUUCUGGGAAGGCAAAAAACUGGGACCUACCGGUGUCAAGUGGUUAAAAGUGCACUUGUCAAAUUUAUUUGGCUUUGAUAAAGCAUCCCUGGAAGACAGGGUCGGUUUUACCGAAAGUCAUAUCGAGGACAUUAAGGAUUCUGCCCAAAAUCCUCUAGAUGGGAAUGGAUGGUGGAAACAAGCAGAUAAACCAUGGCAGGCGCUGGCUACCUGUAUCGAAUUGAAUGAAAUGCUCAAGAUGGAAAACCCUGAAGAAUACGUAUCUCAUCAGCCGGUGCAUCAGGACGGGACUUGUAAUGGCUUACAGCAUUAUGCAGCUCUGGGAGGUGAUAUAGAAGGUGCUACUCAAGUGAAUUUAGUACCUAGUGACCGUCCGCAAGAUGUUUAUUCGCAUGUUGCAAAAUUGGUAGUGGCACGUUUGGAGAAAGCUGCUAGGAACGGUGACGAAACUGCCGGCUUACUGAAGGAUAAGAUUAAGAGAAAGGUUGUAAAACAAACGGUUAUGACGAACGUUUAUGGAGUCACGUACAUUGGAGCGACACAUCAAAUUGAUAAGCAGUUAUCUAAUGUGUUUGAAGAUCAUAAACAGUCAUAUGAAUUAUCCAAAUACUUAACAAAGCACGUGUUUGCCUCGGUAAGAGAAUUGUUUGAAGGUGCGCAUCUAAUACAAGAUUGGCUAGGCGAGUGCGCAAAAAGAAUUUCGAAAUCGAUCAGAGUGGACGUCGAUGAGAAAUCGUUCAAAAAUGGAAACAAACCUGAUUUCAUGUCAUCAGUUAUUUGGACAACACCUUUGGGGCUACCUAUUGUUCAGCCAUAUCGGGAGAAUUGUAAAAAGCAGGUUGCUACAAAUCUUCAAACCGUUUUUAUCAGUGAUCCUUUUGCAGUAAAUCCUAUAAACGCCAGACGUCAAAAGGCUGGAUUUCCCCCUAAUUUCAUUCAUUCCUUAGAUGCUUCUCACAUGCUUUUAUCCGCAGUAGAGUGUGGUUCAAACGGUUUGGACUUUGCUGCAGUACACGACUCUUAUUGGACUCAUGCUUGUGAUGUGGACAAGAUGAAUGUCUUUUUAAGAGAACAAUUUAUCAAGCUCCAUGAGGUUGAUCUAAUAGAGCGGUUGAAAAAUGAAUUCGAUCAACGUUAUAAGAACUAUCUUCAGAUCUUGAAGAUUGAUAAAAAAUCUGAUCUUGCGAGGUCAGUUAUGGAACUUAGAAAACAGCUGUCUAAAGAUUUGGGGAGACCCAUUACUUUGGCCGAUGAAAUUUACAUGGAGAAAAAAAGAAUUCAACUUCUGGAAUCGGAAGACCCUGAGGAACAAGCGAAGGGUAAGAGCAUGGUCACUACUGUUUCAAUUGUGGGGUCUUCACAAGACAAUUUAAUAGAGAAGAGUAAAGACGGUUCCUGUACAUUGGUUUUGGCUCCUUUGACGCUACCUCAGAUUCCUCCAAAGGGAGAUUUUGACGUGAAGGAGUUGAAAAAUAGUAAGUACUUCUUCUCAUAA